AUGGAGGCUGAUCUGGCCUCAGCGGUGGCAACGUUUCCCUUCGUUCAAUACCGUCCCCCGCAGCGUCACCAGCUUUGCCUUCCGCUUAUCUAUUCUUGUCCCGAGAUGAGUGAUCCUCUGUCCGCAGCGACGGCAGUCAUCGGCUUGGUUCCUAUCAGUUUUCAGGCCGCCAGAGCUCUGCGCGACACCAUUCAAAGCUUUAAAAACCACCCCAGGCAGCUCCGCGGCCUCUUCGAUGAGCUCGAGGACCUGAUCAACGUUCUUGGAGAAUUGAAGAGCAUUGUGCAUGCUGUGGGCGAACCAAGCUUCGUACUGCUCGAGGCCCCCCUUCGGCGUUGCGAUGCUGCUUGCAAAGAGUUCACCAAAGCGUUACAGGACUGCGAUCGUUCGGACCAAGGGGAAUUCAAGUCCACCUUCACGGGUUGGCUCAAGAUACGAUGGCGGGGAAGCGACAUCAACGAGUUCAAAGAUACCCUGGCCGGCUAUAAGUCCACCAUCGCCAUCGCUAUCGCCGGCGCCAAUUUGCGAACGACGAGAGUGAGUCUGGAAGUCCUUCAGAAGUACCAGACCAUGAUUGAAGACACGAAAGCGGAUCUCCAUGAGCACCUGAGCAACAUUGAUGACAAGUUGCGGGAUGGAUUUCCAGAGGACAACGACUCAACGAACGUUGUCGAAGAGUGGGACAUGGAAGCCGAGAGGGAUUGCACGGUUCGGUGCCUCGAGAUCUGUGCACAGGUGACUCGCUUUAUCGAGGAUAGACAUCGAUGUUUGGAUGCAUGUUCCUCUGAUUCCGACACCACACCUGGCCAUACUCAUGCCGAGGGCAGAGCAUCGCAACAGGCCACAGACGCGACACUGCGAGGUUGCAGCGUCCGAAUCAGAUCCCAGCAUUCGCGUCUCUCCGCCCGGCUGAAGGAUCUCAACACGAGACUGAACAGUACUUCCGGAGAUGAUGUAACGUCGACGGCUCGGGACCAGAUGAUGCAAGAAGCGGAAACGAUUCACCAGUGCUUGGAGAUUUGUGAGCAAGAAGCCCUGGCGGCAAAUCGGGCGCGUGUGAAUGUCGUCGAAGAUGUCGCCAGCGCCGAGGAUUCGAAUGCGGUGAUUGUAUCGACGAUUGGUGACCUCAUUGCUGCGCAUAGAGUGACUUCUGGAGCUCGAUCGAAUAUGACGAUUGGUCAGAUGUCGGAUGAAACGGUGAAACACCUUUCGACUGUGCAUGCUACACGACUGACAGAACUCUCUAAGUCGCCGGCUGAACCGCGAACAGCUCGCAGCACGCCACCUUCUGCUGGUCGCACUCUGGGGGAUAGCAACAUCAGAACUUUGCAAAACAUGUGAGAGGGAGCGGGCGGCACUGGUCCUCUAUCUAGACCCUCUCAUGAGUCACACCAAAUGAAUC